AUGGCUUCUUCAUUGAAAUCCAAAAUGAAAUAUCAUGUGUUCUUGAGUUUCAGAGGCGAGGACGUUCGGAAUAACUUCCUUGGUCAUCUCUACAGAGCUCUUGAUCAGAAAGGAAUCUACACUUAUGUUGAUAGCGAGGAGCUCGGGAAAGGAGAGCAAAUAGUUCCGACACUUAUGAAGGCAAUCGAUGAAUCACAGAUCGCGAUAAUCGUUUUCUCCAAGGAUUAUGCUUCCUCAUGGUGGUGUUUGGAAGAGUUGGUGAAAAUCAUUGAUUGUAAGAAAGAAAGAGAUCUCAUGGUCUUUCCUUUGUUUUACAAAGUGGAACCCGGAGAAUUGAGAACACCAAGAGGGAGCUAUAGAGAUGCUUUGGUUAAGCAUGAGUCCAAGUACGGGAAGGAUUCAAAAGAAGUGAAAAGAUGGGAGAAAGCUCUUUCUGAUGCUAGUUACUUGUCCGGAUGGCCUUUGAAAGAUGGAGAUGAGGCAGAGCUUAUACAAAAAAUUGUGAAAGAAAUCUCCAUUCGCUUAAACCAAACACUUUUGCAUGUUGCUAUACAUCCGGUUGGGAUAGAUUCCCACGUGGUUACGUUGAAAUCAAUGUUAAACCUUGAGUCCAAUGAUGAUGUUCUCAUGGUGGGACUAUGGGGACAGGGAGGCAUAGGAAAGACGACUUUGGCCAAAGCCGUUUAUAAUGAUAUUUUCAAUCAAUUCGAGAAUUCAUGUUUUUUGGUGAAUGUUCGAGAAGUUUCAAAAGAUUGUAAGGAUUUAGUUACUUUGCAAGAAAAAUUACUAUUUGAGAUAUUAGCACUAAAAGAAAGAUUAGUAGUGUCUAGUGUCGAUAGAGGUAUUAAUCUAAUACAAGAAAGACUUUGUCACAAAAAAGUUCUCCUCAUCCUUGAUGAUGUGAAUGAUUUGUGCCAACUACAUCCUUUAGUUGGAGAAGGUAAGUGGUUUCGUAAUGGGAGUAGGAUCAUUGUUACUACAAGAGAUAACCAUUUGCUAACUUAUCUCGGAAUAGAUCAAGAUCAUGUGUACAAAGUUAGAGAGCUGAAUGACAAUGAUGCUCGAGAGCUAUUAAGUAAGCAUGCUUUUCCGACACACCAAAACUUUACGAUCAAGACAGGUCUAGUGGAUAGAGUUCUAAAUCAUGCUAAAGGCCUUCCUUUAGCACUUGAGGUGCUAUGUUCCUUCUUACGUGGUAGAAGAGAAUAUGAAUGGGAAAGUGCACUAGAUGAUAUUUCUACAGCUCCUAAAAAAGGCAUCAAUGAUGUGCUCAAAAUAAGUUACGAUGGACUAGAGCCAAAAGAGAAAGAGAUCUUUCUCCACAUUGCCUGCCUCUUUAAGGGGUGGAAUAGUGAGUAUGUAAAGAAAGUUCUUGACAGUUGUGAUCUUAAGGCAAUAAUAGGAUUACAAAUUCUCAUGGAGAGGUCUCUAAUAAAAAUUGAGUCAGGGAACAUACAAAUGCAUGACUUGAUUCAAAUGAUGGGUAUGGAUAUUGUGAACCAAGAAAGUGAUGAUCCUGGGAGACGCAGUAGAUUAUGGCAGUAUGAUGAUGUUGUCGAUGUUCUAUCAAGCAACAUGGGAACUUGUGCUGUCAAAGCCAUAGUGUUCAAGCCAUCUAAGCCAAUAGAGAUGUGUAUUAGUCCUUAUGCUUUUACGAAAAUGAGAAGGUUGAGAUUGCUCAUCUUGCACAAUGUUCGUGAUUCUUUCCAAGGUCCUAUAUGUCUUCCUAAUGAGCUUAGAUGGGUUGAGUGGACUGGAUGUGCUCACCAAAUUCCAGAAUUUUCCUCUGGUCCAAAGAAAUUAGUGGGACUUAAUAUAAGUGAAGGCAAUAUCGCAGGAGUCGUAAAACGAUUUAAGGACUUCCAAAAUUUGAAGUACAUUAAUUUCAGUUACUGCAAGUCGUUGGUUCACAUGCCCGACCUCUCGUGUACUCCAAAUCUCGAGGAAUUGGAUCUCCGUAAUUGCAAAGACUUGGUGGAAGCUCACAAGUCCAUCGCAUAUCACAACAAGUUACAAGUGCUGAAUUUAGAGGGGUGCUCUGAACUUAGUGUUUUUCCAAAUGAGGUCCAGUCAAAAAAUCUUCAAGUUCUCAAUCUUAAAAAUUGCACAAAGUUUGAAAGGUUCCCCGAUAUUCCACAUAAACUUGAAGCCCUAAAAAAGCUUUUUUUAGAAGGAACCCCUAUUAAAGGACUUCCUGCAUCAAUAGAAAAUCUUGUCUCUUUGGAGUGUAUGUACUUAAGUCAUUGCAAGAACUUGAUGAGCCUUCCGUCUAGCAUUUACACAUUACAAAACCUUAAAGACUUGGCUCUUGAUUUUUGCACAAAUUUAAUCGGGUUUCCAAAGUACGAGGAUUUAACUAAUCCUUGCAUGACGACCCAACUUUCAAAUUUACAUCGGUUAAACCUUUGGGGAUGUAAUUUGUCUGAAGUAGACUUUCUUGAGAAUCUUUCAUGUUCUCCAUUCUUGACAACAUUAAUUCUGUCGGGGAACAAUCUUACCAGCCUUCCUACAUCCAUCAAUAAACGCCAUCAUUUGUUCAGUUUGUUCGUUCAUAAUUGCCAUCAAUUACAGGAGAUUCCUGAGUUUCCACCAUUUUUGUGUGCUUUUCGGGCGGAUAAUUGCAAACCUUUGCAAAAUUAUGGAGAUUUAACUUCAAUUCAUGAUUUUGUUCGCAAAGGGUUGACCAUGGCUGAUAUUUAUUCAUAUCACAAGGUUAGAUUCUCUCUCUCACGCAUACACGUGCACACGCACACAUGCAUAUCAAUGUGGACUAUAUGCGGGACUCAAUGCGUGGUUGGAUAUUGCAAUAAUAGAAAAUGCAAGAUUGGAGGCUUAAGAAAAUCAAACAAAUAUAAAGUGUUCCGCAUGUGUAUGCAUGUAAUGGAGUUGGCUACCGUAUUUUAUGGGAAUGAUUUCGAUCACACGAGGCUUGUAUACUAAUGCAAGCAAGGAUCAAUGGAUCUCUACUCAUUUAUAGAGUUCUGAGUCCAAGUGGAACUCUGUAGGAUUACUUACAAAAUUCAAAUUGAAUUUUUCUA